AUGUCGAACGAGGUGGCUCAAUUGGCUCAGGCCAGAGCUCUGGCCAUGCACAAUAAACCAGGGACAAUGCUUCCGAAAGUUCUAGAGACUGCUAUGUCGCUGUAUCGAUCUACAACAAAUCCGUCCACUGAACUGGGCAAAAUCUGUGCUAGAUUGUUUAUGGACGUGUUGAAUCAUGACGAAGUUGUGUCCAGCGAGAAGCCAUUUAUUGCAUCUCAACACCUCUCAACACUGUGGCUAAUUUGCCGCAGCCAACAGGACCAUGCCACGCUGCGAGAUGGAAUUCUGGGCUUUAGCCGAUGCUACGAGUGGCUGUUUGAUCUAGUCGCAAAAACCUCGAAUAAAGAACUGUGGAAUACCAUGGACCAAUUCAAAAGCUUUAUUCUAUCUAAGUGGAAAACUCCAUACCCAUUUUCACCCACAGAAGACCCACUCAAGGAUCAUGCCAGAUCUUUGGGCGUUAAACUAGCCACCGUAAAAUCUAUUGCAACGCUGGUUAUAGCACACACACAGGGCCCCCCGGGUUCUGCCUUUGCUUCGCUGCCCGACUCUCACCCUGUGAUUACCUCCAAAGCCCAGCUACGAGUCGAAGCCAAGAAACUACUGGAUUGUCUACUGAGCUAUCUGUCUGAAGAGCCCAUGAUGGUUUCGAGCCUUUUCAUGGGUGUUCUUAAUUGCUUGGGGUUCAUUAUGAAGCAACGGCCGCAAGCUACAAGUCGUAUUUUGAGUGGUAUUUUGAGAUUCAACGUUGACAAUAAAUAUCAACAAGACGAUGAGCCUGUGUUACAGUAUCGUCUCGCUAAAAGAUUUGUAGAGCGCUGCUAUAAGGUUUUCGUUCAAUAUGGUCUCAAGGCACAGUUGAUCAAAAGUUCCGGUAGUACAUCUCAGUAUCAUGCCAAGCUUUCCAAAAUCUCUCAGACUUUGCAUGUUAUCGGCGAGGAAACCAAGUCUAAGGGCAUCAUGAACUUUGAGUCCAAACAAGUGGAGCGUAAAAUGCCGAGUCGCGAAAGAGCAAAAUAUAUUGCCUUCUUGAAGAGCUCGAGUCAGGCUGCCUCUCUUAAUACUGAACCCAAGCAGCCUCGCCUUUCCCCAGAUCUUCAACUACUUCAUGCGUUGCAAAAGUACACAAUGACUAAAAGUUCAACUGCCGGAUUUUUCAACACAUCUCCUGUCGCGAUUGAUAACACAUAUGCGUCCGCAUAUUCUCUUAUGAACAGCAAGCACUCAGAGAUAGAUAUUUCCAAGCUAUCUCCAGGUGUAAUGGCAAAACUUUGUGCAGAAUCACUGUAUCAGUGUGACACGAAAAAGAUUAUAACAGGACUGUCUAUAGUUGCAUCUCGCUACACCGAUCUUAUGAACAAAGCUUCACAUUCAGAAUUUCCCGGCAAACGUCCUCUCGAGAAUGGUAACGAUGAAUCACAGCCAGCUAAGAGACAAGAGGUGGCGAAAGUGCCUGAAGAAGAGGAAAUUUCAGAAGACGAGGAUAAGCAAGAGUUUACCUUGGGUCCGCCCGAACCGAUGUCUAAGGAGGAGAAAAAAGAGCAUUUUGCAAGGAUCCUGGCUCACAUAAUCAAUGUUAGGAACGCAGAAGAGGAAGAAGACACCAAGGAGGAAGCGCCUGAUAACUUGUUGCACAAAGUAAGGCUCAUGAAAUGGAACAGCAAAACGUCCUGGUUGACUUUGCUGACAAGAUUAGCAACACGAGGAGUGAAUCAUAACAAUGAAAUGAGUAAUACCGCUAGACUUGCAAUUUAUGAAUAUUUUCUUGACGAUUUUGGAAAUCGCGUGGAUGUUGUCAUCGAGUGGCUAAGUGAGGAGUGGUAUUUUGAGACUUUGCAAAAUGAUUCCGGCGUGAAAGAGACACCAGUUUACGAUGAAUGGUCGCUAAAGGUCUUGGACGCUCUGAUACCCGUGCUUGAACCUUCACAUAGACGCUUGUUUAUUAGAUUAGUGAGUGAGUUACCGCGCUUGACUCAGCUGCACAUUGAUAAGAUCAAGUCUGUCUGCUUAGACCCGCUACGAAGCUCUUUAGGGUUCCAGUCACUCCGGUUCAUGAUAAUGUUUAGGCCUCCUGUAAAACCUUUUAUCGAGAAGCUAUUGAUUAGCAUGAGAGAACAGGACGAAUCGGUCAAGGAACAAUGUGAGUCGAUUUUGAAGAAGUUUUACUAA